AAAAUAUCACGUACUUCCAUUCCGGAAGAGUCAACACGGAAUGUAACUUGUGGUAGUGCUGAAUGCUUCAGUUCGUUCGUUGUCGUCAAAAAACAAUUAAAACAUGGGUGUGUAUUGUUGUGUUACCGGGUGCCACAGCGUCUCCCACGACAAAAAAGGGAUGAAGAAAACUGCACUCACUUUUCACCGGUUUCCUGCAUGGAGGACCAAAGAAGGUGACCAAAUAUCAGAGGUUACAAAGGCACGACGGAUGGCUUGGGUCGCGGCGGUUCGUCGGAGAAACAUAUCUUUUGACCGUAUCUCUGCUGGAAUGAGAGUGUGUUCCCGUCAUUUCCAUUCUGGUAAACCUGCAUAUGAAAUGCUGACAACACAUCCCGAUUGGUCACCAUCUCUCUUCUUGGGUCAUUCUGAGCUCAAGCGCACCACACCGGAGCGUUACGAGAGGUUGGAAAGGCGAAAUCGAAGAGUGCACGCUGAAACUUCAGUGAAGAAAGACCAGCUAUCAGUAGCCCCGUUGCAAGCAGAACAGGCAAUGCAGACUAUGGACGAGGGAGUCGUUCAUGAUGAUGGGGAUGUAGCAGAGGAAGAAUCAAGGAAUGAGACCAUUGCAGAAUGUGACUUAUGUCGGCCAAGGCGUGACGAGAUAAAUCGUCUACUGGAGGAGAACAGACGCUUGAAAAAAGAACUUGGGAAGCGGACAAUGGGUGAAGAAUUUCUGAAUGAUGACACCAAAGUAAAAUAUUACACUGGACUUCCAGACAUGGAAGUGGUCAUGGGUGUGCUUGCAUGCAUCUUGCCUCGUUUGUCAAAGACAUCUACAAGAACACUUUCACCAUUUCAGAUGAUUUUCCUCACUUUUAUGCGCCUAAGGCUUAAUUUGCCUUUACAACACAUUGCACACCUGUUUAAUGUCAACAGAAAAACAGCCUCUAAAGUCUUCCGUGACAUGAUAGAUGUUUUGCAUGCAACAAUCAGCCCUUUAAUUAUCUGGCCAUCUAGAGAAGCAUUACAUGCAACUAUGCCCCAUCAAUUUGUAGAGGCAUUUGGCAGGCGUGCUGCUGUUAUAUUAGACUGUUUAGAGAUAUUUACUCAGAAACCGUCAAAUGUUAAAGCCCAAGCCCAGUCAUAUUCUCAUUACAAACACAGUAAGACAAUGAAGUAUCUAGUUGGGGUAACACCACAGGGUGCCAUUUCAUUCAUCUCUAAAGGAUGGGGUGGAGGUGCAAGCGUUAAACACAUAACAGAAACAAGUGGGAUUCUAGAUAAACUACUUCCUGGUGAUAUGGUGUUGGCAGAUCGAGGGUUUGAUAUACAAGACAGCGUGGGGCUAAUGUGUGCAGAAGUCAAGAUCCCUGCUUUUACUGAAGGUCGCAGCCAGCUUGAUGCAAGUGAUGUGGAGAGCACUAGGAAAAAUGCACACCUCCGCAUUCAUGUGAAACGGGUGAUCGGAAACAUUCGGAAUAAGUACACCAUUUUGUCAAACAAGGUUCCUAAUAGUUUUGUGCUACCAUGUAAAAGGGAGGAUGGUACCUUCCUUGAUAAACUUGUGGUUGUUUGCUGUGCUCUUACAAACAUGAGCCCAAGUGUGGUUGUGAAAAGCCAAUAAAAUGUGAAUACUAUAACAUGACUUUAAAGAGCAUACGACACCAGAAAAAAAGUCUUAAAUGGCAUUAUUAUGUGAAUUAGAAUCAUAUUUUGAGACGAUUCGACCAUAUACAACAAUUUAGCAAAGCGCAGAUGACGAGAAAUUAGUCUUUUAAUCUGCCGGUUAGCCACGCCUACAAUUAUAGGGCUUUAGCGUCCCCAACAGGUGGAUGACGUCAGCGGUAGACUAGGCUCAUCGGUUUUACUAUUCAGCCCAAUGAGGGGGAAUUGUUCAGAACGAGGAAAACGAGACGAAGAGAGCUGCAAAAUGUCAUUGUUUCAGUCUCUCUACUCCCAAUAUUUUUACAGGAUAUUCUUUUUAUCCAAGUAUUUUCCCCAAUAGCUAUAUAAAUGGCUUGAGAAGGACCAGUCAGCCCGUCGAGGGGGAACUAUUCACAAUGAGGAAAACGCGACGAAGAGAGCGGCAAAAUGUCAUUGUUUCUGUCUCUUUACUUCAAUAUUUUUACAGGAUAUUCUUUUUAUCCAAGUAUUUUUCCCCAAUAGCUAUAUAAAUGGCUUGAGAAGGACCAGUCAGCCCGUCGAGGGGGAACUAUUCACAAUGAGGAAAACGCGACGAAGAGAGCGGCAAAAUGUCAUUGUUUCUGUCUCUUUACUUCAAUAUUUUUACAGGAUAUUCUUUUUACCCAAGUACUUUCCCCAAUUGCUAAAUAAAUGGCAUGGUCAUGACAAAUAACUUGUGCUAAAUGGAAUAUGAAAUAAUAAAAAUUUAUUCAAGACGACAUGGCAAAAUUACUCCAUAAUGGUCAAAACAGUCGACUUUACCUUUACUGUCACACCUGCCGAACGAUAUUUUAUGACACCUAAAUCGGACAUAUGUCAUUUCCCUUCCCCGGCUUCGGAGAAUGUAAACAGACCAGAAGGAGUGACAGCUAGCCGACAUGCUAACCCGAACCGAGGGAUGUUUCAAAGUCUUCGAAGUGGAAAAUCACACAUAACUAGCCUGGAUUAUUUGACAUGACGACCCGGUUGUCGAGUUUCUUUGCGGAUCGGCAAACCGCCCGGCGGAGAGCAAUUUACAGUUCGUUCCCUGGAGGAGGGUGGCUGGAAUUGUUGUGUAGCUAACGUGCUAACAGCUAACUGCUAAUGAGCGUGAGGAUAGCUUUUUACAUGCCUAUCAACGUAACGAUCGAACGUAAGUAGUCCUUUAUUUAAAGGAAUUUUAUAGUGUUUACUUUGUAAUCACUGUAUUCGUAUUUGACAUAAUACAAAACAAGAUGUUUACUCACUUCCUUGUAAGUCCAAUGGUCCCACAGUAAAUAUCCACGGUGAAUGGGAACCUUUUGAAACUCCAAAAAGGCGCAUACGCCUCUCCCGCAUACAGAAUUAUUUUUCUGCAGCCGUUUGGCUGGCGUGAUGCAAAAAAUAAAAGUAUUAAUCCGCAAAAUCAGCUGAAUCCUUCGUCCUCAUACACAACAGUACACUGUAGCGUGAAGAGGACGUCUUCUACCGUACACGUCACAGCGCCCUCCUCCUCAAUGCGAGACCGAAGCCGGAAGUCACUCAUUUUCCUGGCGCGGGAUUCAAAAAACUAAAUAAAUAUAGCGAUCGCUUCCACACACAGCCAAGCGGUCCAUAUCAUUCAGGAGCAUAAAAUACCGCGUGUAUUAUGAAAUAAACAUGCUUUUUCGUGUCACAAGCACUUUAACAAGUUCUUGAAAAACUGUAACUGCUUGUUGUUUUCUUCAGCUUUUCAUAAUAAACAGUUGUAAAAAUUACCGGGUGAGGUGAUUUAAUGUUAUAUUAUUCUAUUUGGAAUAGGCACUGACAAUGUUUGGACAGUGUUGAAGACAAGACCUGGGACUGGCAAGUUGCAAUAGAUUUAUGUUAAGUAAUGCAACUUCUCCAAUACAAUUUUUGAACUGACAGUUUAAAAUCUUAACAUUAGUGUAAACAAGGCCCACAUUCUGACGUAGUUGUGGCUGGAUAUAACAUAACUAUCAAUACCUGUGUAAAACAUUUCAAUAGUUGACACAAAUUUUUCAUCGAAACCAAAUGUUCGAAGAGCUUGGAAUAAAAAGUAAUGUUCCACCAAGGGCGUAGGUUUGCAUAGGGACGGUAGGGACAUAACACUACCAACUUUGCAGGAUGCUCAAAUUGGCCCCACCAACUUUUACGCAACCUUAUUUGCAUUAUAUAAUGACUUCAAUUAUAUAGGUACUGUAAUUUAGAAUAUCUUCCAAUGUUAAAAGGAUCAAAUUAACCCUACCAUUAUUAAGUGAAUUACAGUACUUUCAAUAUGUUCAGACUUACUUGACCCCUUUUCACUUUCUAAAUGCGCUAGUCCAUUUUUUCUCCCUCAAACGCAAAUUUGAUUGGCUGAUGACUUGACCCCCCCCCCCCCCCCUACACACGCACACGCGUUAACAGCCGGUGUUCUAAUUUUUCACCCUGAUAAUAUUUUUCUCCCGAAGCUUUUGUGGUGGUGAAUAAGCACUCUUUGACAUUCAUGUGGACUCUCAAUGUUAUCCAAAAGUGCUAUACAAACAAGUUACGUCAUAAACAUACACGUGCAACAUGAAUAUGGCAUAAAUAAAUGCUUAAAGACACUGCGAGGACGAUCAAAGUGAAAGAGCGCCAUGCUGUUGAGUUGUGUACAGCCACAUAGUAGGAUGUGUCUGAGGAGAAGUAAAUGUUCAUUUCUUUAUCGUAAGUUUGUAGUGUUUGUUUUGGAACCACCAUUCGCGGCCAUUUUUAACAUUAUUCGCAUGCACGCGCAUCGUUUAUUUUUUAUAUUCCUGGAUAGUUAGAUGAUUAACACGUUUGUAUUUCUUGAUUAUGUUAAUAUAAUUUGUGUUCAAAUAUUGCAAUUUAGAUUUGCUUAUAAAAUUCAGACACUUAUUCUGGAAGUUUUCAAAAUGUUUCGUUAGUAGUUUUUAAAACAAAGGUUUGAAUCGAACGGUGUACUAACUAAACCAAUACAUAUGCACUCCAAAAUUUCACCUCCUUAAAACUGAAAAAAAUAAAAUAAAAAACUUCCCUUGUUUUCAGUGUAAACAUACUAGAAGUUAAUUAAGAAAUUAAUAGGUGAAAUUAUCUGCCAGUGCUUCAAGUCAAUUUUACUCACUUAGAUUUCUUGAAAUAAGAAAAUACCCGGCUGAAAAUAAGUUUGACUUAUUUUAGCAAAAUGUUUGUAUAUUUAUAAAAAAAAUCUUAAAAACGUAAUUCAAGAAUAGAUAUUGUUCAAAACAUUAUUUGAAAGCAUUUUUUUUCUUGAUCUAGGUAGAUGAAAAAUGACCGACUUCUAGAUGUACGGCCUUAAUAAGAACAAAUACUGUAGUAAUAUUUACUUAAAAUAAGUGGAAGAAUCUGACACAUUAUUAUGUUAACAAGCUUGUAACACUCAAAACAAGGUGGAGAAAAUUAUUCGACUAGAUUUAAGAAAAAAACUAUCAGAUAAAGACCUUAUAAAUUUGCAGUUUGAAAGUUAGUAUAAGUCCAUACAGAUUUAUUUUGCAUUAACAAUUUAGCCUAUCAAUUAAUUAUGUUUAUAUUGGUGAGAAAUGUAGCCUUGACCCCCGUUCACCCAUUCUCUUUGGUCUUAUUAAUGUCCAGUCCCCAGCAAAAAGUGUACAUGCAGGUCAUGCUGUAAUAUCGUCCGUACCAAUAUUGAGACCAAACCUACGCCCUAGUGUUCCUUUGUAUUGAAGGCUUUAUAAAAAUCAAAGACCAUAAGUGGAUCAGUUUCUAAAUUUUCAGAGUAUUCCAGCAAAUCUAAAACGUGUUAUUUUCAAAAUGGCGGGGUAUCCAAACAAUGACGUAGUACGACCCAUUCCCAAUUUUAUGAAAUCAAUUAACAGAAGUGAAUUGGAAUGCAAUACGAAUUAAAAAUGAAAACUGAUUUAUACACCGGUUACUUGUUCAUUUUUUUUAAUGGGUAAGUCUUAUUUUAAAAUAAACUAUUUUAACCCUUUAUGGGAGAGUUAU